AUGAAGGACAGUCAUCGAAACCCAAUCUUCGAAGCCUACGGCAUAUCGGGAGACGCAGCUCUCGGUGGCAAUUCCCAGGGAGCGCACCCUUCCUCCGUCGACAGACCGGUCCACUACCCGCAAUGGGACCAACCCAGCAGCCGUGGUUAUGUGGUCUCCAACCAUAUGAUCAAUGAGCCCCCGCAAGGGAAGUCCUUUCGGAUUGUGGUCAUUGGCGCCGGUGCGGCGGGCAUCGACUUUCUUCACCAUGCGCCAUCCGCAUUGGAAGGCCUGGGGGUGAGUAUUGUGUGCUACGAGAAAAACCCGGACGUGGGCGGCACCUGGUAUGAGAAUCGCUACCCGGGCUGUGCUUGUGAUGUUCCGAGUAUCUCGUAUAGCUUUCCCUGGAAACCCAACCCCCAGUGGAAAAAGUUCUAUUCUUCUGCACAAGAGAUAUGGCAGUAUAUGCGAGACAUCGUCGACGAGGAAGGCAUGAUGAAGUACAUUCAGCUUCAAAGCCAGCUGGUGUCGGCGAGAUGGGACGACGAACGUAGCAAAUGGUGCAUACGAGUCCGACGCGAGGUUCCGGGCGACAAGGAGAUUUUCCAAGAGUGGAGCGAAGAGUGCGACCUUCUUCUUAACGGCGGAGGAUUCCUCAACUCAUGGAAAUGGCCAGAUAUCCCGGGGAUUAAAACCUUCAAAGGCGAUAUUUUCCAUACGGCUAAUUUCAAGGAAGACUAUCCUGUCAAAGGGAAAACGGCCGCCGUCAUUGGAGCUGGCAGUUCUGGGAUUCAAACCGUAUCCGCUAUCUAUCCUGAGGUUGAAAAGCUGUAUACUUGGGUGCGAAGUCCAACCUGGAUUACGGCGGCGAUAGGGCAGAAGUUUGCGUCCAAAGAGGGCCAUAAUUUUGACUAUACUGAGGAGCAAAAGGAGUUCUUUGCCAGAGACCGCAUGGCAUAUCAUCGAUACCACAAGACUAUUGAGUAUGAACUCAACAACCGAUUCAGAACGGUGUUGCGGGACACGGCAGAAUCCGACGAAUCCAAUGCUUAUGCGUAUCGGGUGAUGACGAACAGGCUCAGAUCGAAACCAGAAGUCCUGGAAGCCAUGCUCCCUCGGGACUUCAGUGUUGGCUGUCGUCGCCCCACACCCGACAAUGGCUAUUUCAAUGCCUUGACAGGAGGUAAGACAACCGUGCUGCCAGGAAGUAUCAAAGCAAUCACCGAGACUGGCAUCGUCGAUGCAGAUGGUACCGCGCACUCGGUCGACGUGAUUAUCUGUGCCACCGGGUUUGACACUUCUUUCCGUCCUCGUUUCCCCAUCCAUGGUCUGGAUAGCACGCAGACGUUGGCUGAAAAGUGGGCUGAGUGUCCUUCCAGCUAUCUAGGAAUCGCAGUUGAUGGCUUCCCGAAUUACUUCACAUAUGGUGGACCUUAUACCCCCGUGGCGCAAGGGUCCGUCCUCCCGAUUCUCUCUCUGUUGACCAACCACUUCCUAGAGAUCAUCAAGACCAUGCGUACUCAGCAUAUUCGACGGCUCAGCCCGAAGGCAUCUGCCGUGGAAGACUUCCUGGAGCACGCACGCACGUACCUCCCACGCACCGUGUGGGCGGAUCCUUGUACCAGUUGGUUCAAACUGGGCACCAAGACGGGGAAUCUUGUGAUGUGGCCCGGCUCUCGUCUUGCCUUUUUCGAGGCCCUCCGCCACCCUGCCCUCCAAGACUACGAUAUUGAGUAUUGGAGUCGCAACCGGUUCGGCUAUCUGGGUAGCGGCUUCGUCGACUUUGAAUUCAAUAACCCCCCUGAGACCACCUGGUACUUGGAUGCGUUUUCCAAUAACGACAAAUGGCAGCGGGGUAGUGUCGAGUUUUGGAAGUACGCCGACGAUUUUCAAGGCCUGAGUGAAGGCACUUUGCCGCCGCCUUCAUCUUCAUCGGACUUUUGA